AUGGGUGACAAGUAUGCGGUGCUGCAGCGGGCCCAGCUGCGUCUGGAGUUCAUCCACGCCAAUUCCACUACUCACAGUUUCCUUUUUGGAGCGAUGGCUGAACUGCUGGACAAUGCAAGGGAUGCAGGGGCUGCAAGGCUUGAUGUGUUUUCAGUGGAUAAUGGAAAACUGCAGGGUGGAUUCAUGCUGUGCUUCCUGGAUGAUGGAUGUGGUAUGAGCCCUGAGGACGCUUCUGAUAUUAUAUACUUUGGAACAUCCAGGAAGCGAUUGUCUACCAUGAAGUUCAUUGGGCAAUAUGGCAAUGGUCUUAAAAGUGGAUCCAUGAGGAUUGGAAAAGACUUUAUUCUUUUUACAAAGACAGAAGAAACGAUGACCUGUGUGUUUUUCUCUCAGACAUUCUGUGAAAGAGAAGGUCUUAGUGAGGUUGUGGUUCCAAUGCCUUCUUGGUUAACAAGAAACAGAAAACCUAUCGCAAAUGAUCCUCAAAAAUUCUCAGUGGAGUUGUCUAUAAUUUAUAAAUACUCCCCAUUUAAAACUGAAGCUGAAUUAAUGCAGCAGUUUGAUGUGAUCUAUGGAAAAUGUGGUACUUUGCUGGUUGUUUAUAACUUGAAGCUCCUGCUUAGUGGUGAACCAGAGUUGGAUGUGAAAACUGACAAAGAAGAUAUACUGAUGGCUGGGGCGCUUGAGGAUUUUCCAGAGAGAUGGUCAUUCAGAGCCUAUACAUCUGUUCUCUAUUUUGACCCUUGGAUGAGAAUAUUCAUUCAAGCCAAAAAGGUUCAAACGAAGCACCUAUGUUAUUGUCUCUACAGACCCAGAAAGUAUCUGUAUGUCACAUCUUCCUUUAAAGGGGCACUUAAAAAUGAAGCUAAAAAGGCGGAGGAAGAAGUAAAGAUUGCUGAGCUUGCGUUGAAAGAAGCACAAACCAAAGUAAACCAUCCGGACACUACUUCUUUGUCUCCUGCCAAGUUUGCAUUACAGAAAGCUUUGGAGGAUGUAGAGGCAAAGCGUAAGAAUCUUAGAGAGAAGCAGAGGGCAUUAAAAAGAACACAAACACUCUCCCUGUUUUUUGGAGUGAAUAUAGAAAACCUAAAUCAAGCUGGAAUGUUCAUUUAUAGUAAUAACCGUUUGAUCAAAAUGUAUGAGAAAGUGGGUCCACAACUGAAACUGAAGUCCCUUCUUGGUGCAGGGGUUAUUGGAGUUGUUAAUAUACCUUUGGACAUCUUGGAGCCAUCUCACAAUAAACAGGAAUUUCUCAACGUCCAGAAGUACAAUCAUCUAUUAAAAGUUAUGGGACAAUAUUUGGUCCAGUACUGCAAGGACACUGGGAUCAGUAAUCGAAAUAUCACACAACUUUGUAAUGAAUUUGGAUAUCAGAAUAACAUGGAUAUAGAACGACCUUUAGUUUCUGCUCAGUAUAAAAGAAAACAAGCCAUGGUCAUCCCAUUCAUCAUACAGUGUGAUCUUUGCCUUAAGUGGAGAGUCAUGCCACCUUCUACUAAUUAUGAAGACAAAGAAUUUCUUGACAUGUGGAUCUGUGCUAAUAAUCCUAACCUCUCAGAGAACAGUUGUCAUCAUGUAGAACAUCUGCCAUUCAUCCCACUGGGCACCAUGAGCACAAUAUUAUCAUCAGAAAAUGAGAAAGAGAAGAAACUCAGAGAGUCCAUUCAAAGAUAUCAAAACAAACUGGCAGAGCAGCUCCCACAGCUUCAGUUUAUACCAACAAGCAAGAUCUCUGAGCUUACUUCCGAGUGCCUCACUUCAGCACCUACGGAAAAAGGCGUAACCCGGAAAAUCAGGCCUUCAGGUGACAGCUUGAAGCAUGAUUCUCUUUCAUCCUUGGAGCUUUCGGACAGCCACAGAAGCCAAAAGAGACUGCCAGAGGAGGAAUAUUCUGAUGUAGAGUAUGUUUCAGAGACUAGCAUUAGGAAAACAUCAAUGCAGAAGAAGAUUAAUAUUAGAAAAAAAUCAGCACAGAAGAGAAUGAGACACACAGCAGCCACGUCUGAAACUGUCAGCCUCGCUGAGAAAUCCAAGAAAAGUUAGAUUGCUAGCAUCAGCACACUGUCGGAAGAGCUCACCACAGUUAUACAUCAUGAAAGUGGAUGUGGGCAGACUAGUUCGACAGCACAGCAGUGUUCUAAUGGAGAAAUCAUGGUAGUGUGGUCUAAAGUGAUGGUGGUGGAUAUUACAGUACUCAGAAAGGCACUCGGUUUGAUCUCUUCUUCAGAAAUGAAAAGAAAGCAGCGACCAGACUUUGUAAAGAAAUGUCAGGUACUGAUGGACACUGAAACCAGCGACAGCGAUCCAGAAGUAAUCUUGGUUCUAAAUGGAAGUGACAGUGAUGUUUUACUGAAACAAGAAAAAAAGGAAGUUCUUAUAAACAAAGAAAAACAAGAGCUGCAUAAUGAUACUCCAGCCAUAAAUGGAACCUCUUCAUUAUCUAACCAGCAAAGUUGUCUAUUUGUGGCUUUUCAAACUGUAACUCUUAGCUUGUUCAGUGUGUCAACAGGGGACUUCAGUCCAAGAUCUGGACACAAAGAUAAAGUUUCUGUGAAUGAUGGCUGUGAAGCUGCAUCUUCACUGGAAACAUCUUCUCAAAGCACAUUUGUCAAAGAAACAGUGAGAAAGCUGAUGUCUAGUUUAAGGGAAUUGCUUCUCUAUUUCUUCCCUGAGUAUCAGCUACCAGCAGAACUGGACUACAUCUCUGUGGAGGAACUUACAGCAAAUUCAGAGCUGCAGCAAUGGCCAGAGCAGACAAACCAAAAGCUGCAAAUGUGUUUCGACCAGAUCCAGAAUGUUUAUAUGGUUCAAUAUGAAAAAAAAGUAAAGAAAAAAGUGCAAUCCAUUAUCUAUGAAGCAAACAGAAGAGGGGUACUUAAUGAAAUCUCUCUGGGACAAUGUGAAAAAAAAAGAACAAUUGCCGAGGGUAAACUGGAGAAGCUCCGUGUGCAAGUGGCAGCAUUGCUACAUAAAUUUCAGCUGGGUUGUCCAGUAGGUGAUCCGGAGCAGAUUGACACUUACCUAGAAGCAUUACUUAAAGAAGAUGUUUUCCUUUCCCAUAGCACUUCAAAUGAAGUUGCCGUAGAUAAGGGACGUAGUUCCUCUUUGGAAUGA